CACAACCAUCUACUAUCUACCAUUCACAAUCUACCAGCUCUAGCUAUUUUAACUCUCACACUGAACCAACUUGUAAGUAUACGACCACACCAACGUUGACUGACGAGAACAGUGCCUCACAUCUCCCACCUGAUAAUCUUCAAUCCUACAGCCCAACUCCAGGCCUAGGACAGAUUCAGAGCCAUCAGAAUGACCAAGGUAACAUCCGCUCUCAUUUCUCUCCUCGCCGUCUACGCACGCUUCACCCCCGUGGCCCCCUUCUACAUCCCCUCUUUCCUCAACCACACAAACGGCACAAACACUACCUACCACCAGCCCCGGCCCCCUAUCCCCAGCUUCACCACGGUCCUCGGCAGGCCCGAGACACCUUGUACCGGCGCCGGCGUCGGAGUCGGCGUUGGCCAACCCCUCCCCUCCACCACGCCCGCCUCCCUCGGAACCGACAUCGAGACCGAGACCCAAGGUCCCACCGCCAUCUCAGCCCUGACCUCCGACUGCACCGCCCUCGCUGACGACGACGCCAAGGAGCGCUACCUGUGGUACGCGAGCGGUUUCACCGACAACACCACGCUCCUCGCGAUCCGUAACCACGGCACUUGCAGCAUCGGCAUCCGCCCGCCGCACGCAGACGUCAUGGCAAAUAUCAUCUCCGGGUGGUACGUCGGCGGCAUGGACGUCGCGCAGAUCAUCCGCACCGCUGUCCGGGACUACGACGUCGACGGGCUGAUGGGCGCGACUGGCAUGAUGCACUGCGAGAUCAGCUCGGCGGCCAAUGUGGAUGUGCAGUGGGCCAUCUUCGGGCCGGACGAGCAGGCGCAGGCCGGGUGGUGGGUCGCGCCGCCCGUCCCCUCUUCUGCAGGGAAAAGGCAGCCUGUUGGCAUGGCCGUGCUGUCGGCCGUUGCCGUUUUCUGCCAACUCAUUUUCUGGCGCGUCGUGAGCUGAGCAAUGAAUCGUAGUAGGCUUGGAAGAAAAGAAGGCGGGGGGGUGAUCUUGUUUGGAAAAUAGUGUCGGAAGGCAAGCGACUUACACUUCCAAACCACGCUCCUAUGCAUAACACAAUGCUUGGGUUGCGCACCACCUUGGUCUUGAAAGCGUGCACAUCUUUUCCAUUAACGGCUGACCGACGGAGAGGGCGGCAGUAUGAAUAUCUCGGCAGUGCUCUCCAAGUACGCUGGAAUCUGGAGUCGACGGAAUGACUAUGUAAGGUGGGUCUUGGUACAAAACGGAGGAAUAUUGCUGGCGUGAAAGGUAAACGCCCGCAUCAUCGGCUAUCUGGUCGAUUCGUCUCCCGAUACUUGCUGUGUAAUGUUGCCUGGGUGGCCUUAAGGUUUCUUCGUCGUCACUUGCCUCAGUCAAACUUUGACAAGCCCAGCUGCCCGGGCCGCACGUUACUCGCACACUCGUACGCCUGUGAAGGGGCGGGUUGUAACGUGACUCAAAUAUUGACUUGUUGGAUCCGGACAGUAAAAGUCACGACUCGAGCGAGCAUGUGGAACAACGUAAACUUUGGGAAGUUUGGUGAGACC